AUGCCACACUUGGAGACGGAGAUGAAAUUGGAUUUUAAGGACGUGCUGAUCCGACCCAAGCGAUCUGCAUUGUCAAGCCGAGCGCAGGUCUCCAUCGAAAGGGAAUUUAUCUUCCCGAACUCCAAACAGGUGUGGAGUGGCACCCCCAUCAUUGCGGCCAACAUGGACACAGUUGGCACCUUCGAGGUUGCGGAAGUUCUGGCAAAGCGCAAGUGCAUUACGGCCAUCCACAAGCACUACAGCGUGGAGCAAUGGAAGAACUGGGCCGAAGGGCCUGGCAAGGAAAUCCUGGGCUUCGUGGCAGUGAGCACUGGCAUCCUGGAGAAGGACAUGGAGAAGUUGGCUCAAAUCAUCAAAGCGGUGCCGGGCAUCAACAUGGUCUGCAUCGAUGUGGCCAAUGGCUAUUCCGAGGCCUUUGUGCAGUGCAUCAGGGAGGUGCGAAAGACCUAUCCAAAGGUGACCAUCAUGGCUGGCAACGUGGUGACCAAAGAGAUGACGGAGGAACUGAUUUUCUCUGGUGCCGAUGUCAUCAAGGUGGGCAUUGGCCCGGGCAGUGUGUGCACCACUCGCAAGCAAACAGGUGUGGGAUACCCCCAGCUCUCUGCGGUUUUGGAAUGUGCCGAUGCAGCACAUGGUUUGGGUGGCCGCAUUGUUUCUGAUGGUGGGUGCACUUGCCCUGGAGAUGUUUGCAAAGCCUUUGGUGCCGGGGCCGACUUUGUGAUGUUAGGUGGCAUGCUAGCAGGUCAUGAAGAGUGUGCUGGCGAGGUGCCUUCAUAA